CUCCCUGCGCCGCCCCGGCUUCUGCCCGUCCGAGGAACGAAGGUGACAGGGGGAAGGUUCGCGCCCUAGGCGGCAGCGGCGCCGCGAAGCCCCGGUUUUCCUGCCGCCUGCGGCUCCCUCCCAGGCCCUCAUCAUGCUGACAGCGCAGCGGCUUGCGCGAAGGGCACUCUCCACCCCGAGGCUGACCCGGUUCGCCUCUCAGGAGGCGGGGACGGCGAACCCCAAGAAAGUGACGUUUGGGUCCCUAAAGGAUGAGGACCGCAUCUUCACUAACCUCUACGGCCGUCACGAGUGGAGGCUGAAAGGGGCCCAGAGCCGGGGCGACUGGUAUAAGACGAAGGAGAUCUUGCUGAAGGGGCCUGAUUGGAUCCUCAAUGAGAUCAAGACGUCGGGCCUGCGGGGCCGCGGGGGAGCGGGCUUCCCAACAGGCCUGAAGUGGAGCUUCAUGAACAAACCCUCAGAUGGCAGACCAAAGUACCUGGUGGUGAAUGCGGACGAGGGGGAGCCGGGGACCUGCAAGGACCGGGAGAUCAUAAGGCACGACCCCCACAAGCUGGUGGAGGGCUGCCUCAUCGGGGGCCGCGCCAUGGGUGCCCGCGCCGCCUACAUCUACAUCCGGGGAGAGUUCUACAACGAGGCCUCCAACCUGCAGGUGGCCAUCAGGGAGGCCUACGAGGCCGGGCUCAUCGGCAGGAACGCCUGUGGCUCCGACUAUGACUUUGACGUGUUUGUGUUGCGGGGGGCCGGGGCCUACAUCUGCGGAGAGGAGACGGCGCUCAUUGAGUCCAUCGAGGGCAAGCAGGGCAAGCCCCGCCUCAAGCCACCAUUCCCCGCCGACGUGGGCGUCUUUGGCUGCCCCACCACCGUGGCCAACGUGGAGACGGUGGCCGUGUCGCCCACCAUCUGUCGCCGGGGCGGGGCCUGGUUUGCCGGCUUCGGUCGGGAGCGGAACUCGGGCACGAAGCUCUUCAACAUCUCGGGCCACGUGAAGUACCCGUGCACCGUGGAGGAGGAGAUGUCGGUGCCCCUCAAGGAGCUCAUCGAGAAGCACGCGGGGGGAGUGACCGGCGGCUGGGACAACCUCCUGGCCGUGAUCCCCGGCGGCUCGUCCACGCCUCUGAUCCCCAAGUCUGUGUGCGAGACGGUUCUCAUGGACUUCGACGGGCUGAUCCAGGCCCAGACGGGGCUGGGCACGGCCGCCGUCAUCGUCAUGGACCGCUCGACGGACAUCGUGAAAGCCAUCGCCCGCCUCAUCGAGUUCUACAAACACGAGAGCUGCGGCCAGUGCACGCCUUGUCGGGAGGGUGAGUACCCCGUAUUUGCUGGGACUCAUUCUGGUCUGCCCAUCUGCAGGCAGCAUCAUCUGUUUACAGAGAAGAUUCAGGAAUUCCAGGACCAGACACAAAGACAGACAGACUUUGCUGGCCCUGUAGACAGAUGA